UACCAUUUGGUCGGAUGAGCUUGUUAACAGAGCAACACUAACCUAACUCAACCAUCUUUUGCCAAAACAACUUCGAGCAACACCAUUUUGUUCAAUCAGUUUAUUGUGAUUAUUUCGUUUACUGUUUACUGAAUUUAUUCAGUUGCUAUUUACCAAUAACUGUGACAAUAUGGAUCUAAUUGAAUCACCUAAACCAGUGAGUACAAAAAAAUAUGCGGACAACCUGGAGGAACGCUGGUUACGCUUAUCUACAUUGGGUAAACAGACUCCUGGAGUGAUAAACGAUAGAUCACCAUUGGAUAAUCAACCAGAUUGGUUUAAUCUUGAAAGGUUUACUCGAGCUCAAAAGCUGGCCCAAAAGUAUUAUUUCAGUUUGAAUAUAGCGCAUUUCAUCGGCAAUAUAUUGUUGGUGAUGUUGCCCCGAGUAACGAUACCUAUUUUUGCGUCUGGACGUUCGUCGACUGUUUAUAUGGUUUUUUUAAGAAUCUUAUCUACUGUUAAUCAUGUUGAUUCCUGGUAUCAAGACAAUCCAUUUGAGAAAGGAUCAAAGGCUAAUAAAUCUUUGUCUCGAGUUCGUCGAGCUUGUCAUCUUCAGGUAUCCAAAUUGAUGAAUGAAAAAUAUCCAUUAAAAGAUGAUCUCUGGUUAAGCCAAUUUGACAUGACAAUGACCCAAUGGAGUCUUAUUGGACCGGUAGCAAUUAGGCCUAAACAAUGUGGUUUCUAUUCAACAACAAGGGAAGAGUUUGAAGAGUAUAUUUACUUUUGGCGAGUAAUUGGGUACUGUAUGGGCAUCGAGGAUAGGUUCAAUUGUUGUUUAACCAAUUAUGAGGAAUCGGUCCAAUUUAUGGAAAUAUGCUUCGAUCGUGGAUACAAACCUUAUCUGGAUCAACCUAAUUCAGUUGUUCAAGCAGCCAUGAGACUAACUGAAGGAGUUUUCCUAGGACUCAACAUAUCAGUACCAAAAUUCAUCAUGAGCUAUGAAGGGUUUAUGAAAUAUUGGUAUGAAACGUUGAAUGUUACUCAUUCAAUUUCUUUGGAUUCAUUGUCUGCUCGAAUCUCAUACAAGUUGCAAGUAUUUCUGGUCGAUUAUCUGCUUAAAUGGACAAUAUUUUAUCGGCUAGCGUCCGCCCUUUAUUUCAGAAUGUUGAAAAAAUUGUUCGUCACCGUUAAUCAAGUUAAAAGUCGCAUGGAUGAAAAGUAUAAAGACAUUGUUUACAGGAUUCCAAGUGAAAAUGGUGUUUACAGCAUUAACAAUCAAUUGUAUACACCAAACAUACCACAAUUAGCCAAUGUUGGCAUUGCUGCUACAUAAUUUAUUCAACUGUAUUCAUCACUCAAUAAUUGAUUGUAUUUUUGAUACGAUGUUUAAGUUUUUCUGCUGUAUAUUUCAUACUCACAGUAUUUUCGCCCUUUGAUUAUCCUUUGAGAUACAAAAUGUAAUUUAAACCAAACUUUAAGCCUUCCUUCAUGUUCCUUUUUCAAAUUUGAUUUAUUAAUUAUUUAUUAAUAAAAUCAUAUUUGAUAUCUGUUCAUUAAUAAAUUAUAAUGCUUUAAACUAAA